AUGGCCGCCACUGCAGUCCUUUCCUCCCGCGACGUUCCGACGACGCUCAACUACUACACCCCCACUGCGGCUGGAAAGCCAUACCACUACGUCGAGGAGCCUCCCGCCGGCAAGCCCAAGACCAACGUCGGUCAGGAGCCGCACUCGGUCCUCAUUCACAAUGCCCGCGGACGCGAGGACGAGUUCGGGCUCGACAAGAGCGGCUUCCAGUUCGUCAAGUGGCCGAGCGUGGAGCGCGAGUUCGACGAUGAAGAACGGAUCAAGUCGGUGUACUACCCCGAGGUGGAGGAGCUGCUGAAAAGGUCGCGGGGGCAAAGCGCGUCUUUAUCUUCGACCACACUCUCAGGCGCAAGGUCUCCGAAGGGCCAAGGACAACGCGCAGAACCGCGGGCCCGUGCAACUGGUCCACAUCGACCAGACGUACAAUGCAAGCGUCGAGCGCGUCAAGCAUCACCUCCCGAGGACGCCGACCGCCUGUUGAAGUCGCGCGUGCGGAUCAUCAACGUCUGGCGGCCGAUCCACCACCCCGUCGCGCACUUUCCGCUCGCCGUGUCCGACUGGCGUCACCUGGACGAGAAAGACCUCGUCCCGUCCGACCUGAUCUACCCGACCCGGACGGGAGGGACGUACAGCACGCCUGAGGCGGUGACGCUGAUCAAGUGCUACGACUCGGAGGAGGACAGGGCUCGGCUGACGCCGCAUUCCGCGUUCGCGGACGAGAGCAGCCCUGCGGACGCGCCCCACCGGGAGUCGAUUGAGAUCCGUGCGCUCGUCUUCGACAGCGAGUAG